AUGAAUGUUGAGGAUGCAGUGAAUUACUUGUAUUCAAUACCUGAUUAUGAUGAGGCUACGGGCAUUGACAUAACACUGGAGCCACCUGAUGAUGGAGCUCAAUCAGAUGCUGACGAUCCUAGUGAGGAUAUUGUAGACGUUGAAGAGAAUGUAAAUCUACUUGGACCACGGUUACUAGCAAAUGCGCCUCACAUACAGCUUACAAAUAGAAAUUCUCGUGUGAACCCAUGUUCAACCCGUUCAACUACAGUAGAUCUUGAAGAUGAUGAUGUUCGUGAGGCUUCACCACAAGAGAAAGCUAAGCCUCCAAAGAAGAGAAAAUCCAAACCUGUAUAUGAGUGGAAACAGUAUAAUCUUGAUCAUAACACCUAUGUUGAAAGAAGGAAGCUAGAUAAUAAAAGUCAACAUAUUCCAUCAAUAGUGAAUAGAUGGGCAGAUGAAGGCUUAACUCCAUAUGACAUUUUCACUAACAUGUGGAAUGAAGAGAUAAUGAAACUCAUAAAAGUUGAAACAAACAGGUACCACCAAGUAACAUUUGGUAAAGAACUUCAUGUCACUGUCAAUGAACUGUAUCAAGUACUUGGUAUAUUUCUUCUUUCAGGCUAUAAUAAGGUUCCUAACCGUCGCUUGUUCUGGUCAAAAUGUGCAGACACAAGGAACCUUUCUGUUACACAGUGUGGAAUGUCAGUGAAUAGAUAUGAAGAGAUUGUUAGGAGCUUCCAUUUUGUAGACAACUCAAAGAUGCCUUCAGGUGACAAACUAUACAAAAUCAAGCCUCUAUUUGAUCACUUCAAUAAAAUAUUCAUGGAAUUAGCUCAACCGUUACCUAUGACAUGGGCUGUUGAUGAAGAGAUGGAGCCAUACUAUGAGCAUCAUGGCCUCAAACAGUUCAUCAGAGGAAAGCCAGUCAGAUUUGGCUUCAAGUUCUGGUGCCUGUGCUCAUCUGAGGGGUUCCUUGUUUCUUUCAAGCUAUAUGAAGGCCGGGAUUCAGGGCAUGAACAAGAACUAUCAAUAGGAGAAUCAGUUGUUCACACACUGGUAAAAGGAAAAGUUCCCCUGGAAGUAACGGGUUUAUAG